CAUCACCGUCACCCUUCCCGACUCUAGAAGUGAUAUCUAAACAGAAGCAACAGAACAUAGUCCAGUCCCCAACUAGAAAUAAAAUUCAUGAGAUGUAAAAGUGCUGUACGAAGUGAAGUCAACGACGACGAGAAGAUUGUUAAGAAGCAUCUAGAGAAGUACUAGACAACAUAAAUACUGUAUAUUUGGGCAGCAGCUUUCAUCGAGUGGUGUGUGGCGACAGUGGGUGCAUGUCAGGGUUCUCGCUCCUCGAGCCUGAUCAUGCCAAGAUGUUGAGUUUUCCUUUGAGAAGUAAAAUGAAGAUCUCAACAUCUUGCUGUAAAAAGACCCGAAAAAAAGUAAAUACGAGCGACAAGAAAAUAAAGUUCUUGUCCCCUGAGGUUUCAAUACUAAAAAGACCACAGCCAGCUCUGAUUUCCAAGAACAAGCUGAGGUCUCCUAGGCGAGAAAGCAACGCCCACCAAGGUCAACAAGCUGUGACCACAUCAAGCCACGCGCCGUGGUGGCAGGACCACGCAAACUAUGGACGAUCCCAUCAUCGAAGAUUGGGCCUGGCCAGAUGUGCCGCUGUUGCACACCUCAAUGGAUGUAUCAAAUGCAAAAGUGUCUGGGUCUGGAAGAUUUAGAUUGGAACAUCUGUCAUGCACAUUUUGCAUGAACGAUGAACAAAUGAUGCCUGUAAUGCAUGACCUAGCAUCCGAGAUUUUGCGAGGGCUUCCUUUUGCCUAUACCGCAUGAGGAAUACCCCCUCCGCGUAGCAUAAACUGGACUCCUCUUGCUCCUUACGUCGCAAUACUGAUUUUUUUGGAAUCCAAAGACAGCAUGACAAGUUCCAUCCUGCUCCCAGACCCAGACACUUUUGCAUUUGAUAGGAUGACCGGCUGGACAACUUGAGUCCGACGAGGAACACUAGAAAUCACCACCACCUACAACAGCAUCAGCAAUACCACCCGAACCAUCAGCCCCCGACUAGCAGUAGCGCCCCAGGGUAUAAUCAACAUGGCGCAGCUGGAAGUAGAACGAGUGGUGACCAUGCUCUUGGAAGCAGCGGCCCGACCCUGCUUCACCGGGGCGGGCCUCAGCCGCACCACCAGCAGAGUACGAAUUUCCUUCGGGGUAUGGAACUGUCAGGAUUGAAAUUGACAAAGUUGAAAUGGUUUGUCAUGCAUGAAACGGAUUCCAGUUCGAACCCAGUUUCUAAGUCGCGCAUCACAAAUUCUGGUGGUGCCUAAAUCCAGUGCGUAAUGCUGUUUAGGCAAAGAAGACUGAUUCUCUCAUGCUGCUUUAGCAGCUCGAGCUAUAACCCCAGGCAGGCUGACAAUCGGCCUCACUUGCCUGCUCUGCAACGCAAGUACUUCGCGUCAUGCAUUUUAUGCGUCACAGAUUUAAAUUUUUCGACUUUGUCAAUUUCGAUCCUGACAGUUCCAUACGGGGAUCAACAACGGUUUCCACCGAGUCGCUGGAAGUCGGCCAGCUACGCCAAUACCUCAUGGAGCGAGAUGCCGUCAUCGGUCAGCUUGAAUCGCUGCUGCAGGAACAAUCUACAAGGUAACAGGGGCCCUCACGAGGACCAAGGUUCUUUCUAGAAGUGCAGGAUGAUUUUUUCAGCUCUGGUGUAGUCAAUCGAUAUGGAAUUCGAGUUAUUUGAAAGCAGAGGCGGGAGAGGCAGUCCUCCUCGACGUUGUCCUCUGCUUCAACGUCGGUCUACUACGACACCAAAAAUAACUUCUCAUCCAGGUUCCGCGAGAGCAUGCAGCAGGUCCAGGCGGACUUGUUCACGGCCACCAAGUCCGAGAAGGACAUGCAAGUGCUGCUGCGCUCCCGCCAAAGCCAAGACGCGGAAGAGAAGAACCGGCUGUCCCUCGAGAAGCAACGCCUCGAGCACGAGCUCGAGUACGCCGCGAAAGAGAAGAAGCGAGAGGAGGCCGCCUGGCGCCAGCGCGCGGAGGACUUGCAGAAGGAGUUGUCGGAUACGAAACUGGACCAGAACCGGCUGCAGUACCUGGAAAAGGAAAACGGCCGGCUGAAGGAAGAAAUUUCCGACGUCGAGCGGCAGCUCGCGGCGAAAACUGCACUCGUUGACAAGCUGGAAAACGAAAAGAUCGACCUAGAAAAAGGCUCCCGCGGCCGCCUAGGCGGUUUCGCGGCGGAACGGCAAAACCGCUUGGAGAGGGAACGCCUUGAGGAGCAGAUUCGCGAUCUGCGAAAACAGUAUUCUUGUUUUUAAUUAUAUAUACGGCAACUUGAUGUAAAAAGAUGAACCGGAAAAACUAAAUUAGUGUAAGGGCGCCGAGAUGAGCGCGCUGCAUGCUUCAUCUAGUCCGUUUUUCUAUUAGCCGUAGCCAGUGGCGCGCUCUGUUGGCUAUUUUUGGGUUCGUUCUGUUGAAUGCAACUUUGAAGAACUACUUGUUGAACAUAAUAUGAACUACAAACGCACGCCUAGUGAUCAGAUGCUGGCUCCCGCCAUCUCGACAGGUUAAAUGCGCGCGAGGAGCAGGACACGUAUUCCGCUCAGGAAAGGCAAGAAGCAGAGGACGAAGUUUGGCUGGAGAAAAUUCGGCAAAACACCGCGUACUGGGAACAACAGAUAGAGGAGCAGAAACACUUGCUGGAAACCGCGGAGACGCGCGUAAAGGAACUCGAAGACCAAAACCAGGACUCGCAGUCGGAGCAAAUUCUUGCGCUGCAGGGAAAACUGCGUUUGGAAAAGCGGGUUGCGGAAGAGCAGGGCGCACGGCACCGGCAAUUAGAGCUGGAGAAAGAGGAACUCGAAGCGCGCCUGAAUGCGCUUCGCAAUGAGGUGGAGGAAGCCAGGUAACUGGGAUGCUUGUCAACAAAAAAUUGAUCCAGGCUACAUCAGGCGUAGAUAUUUACUAGGGGCAACAUCAUGCUUGUCUCCAUCCACCGUUCGUUGCUGCGACAAACAAUGCUGGCAUGCAAAGAAGUCGAACACCUUUAGUAAGUCACCGGACGACGAGGAACUGUACUUAAUUCACAAGAUACAUUGAGCUUCAUCGUUUUUGCUUCCACAGAACCUCAGCGGAGCAGGCUAGAGCAGAUGGGAACGCCGAGCUGUGCGAGGAGUUCGAGCGCCGCGUAGAAAACUUGCGGCGGGACACGGAAGCCCGCAUUCAAGAAAAGGAGGAGGAGGCUACUGUCCGUUUGCGGCACGCGUCCGAGAACUACGACGCCGAGCGACGGGAUUUCGUAGCUCGAAUCAACGAGCUGGAAAAGUCAGUGACGGUGUGGAGGGAAAAGUUCGACUCCCUCGCUGCGCCACUCCCUCCCGAAAUGGCCACUUCCAAGGGUACUAACAGUUCUGAUGCUUUACCACUACCAGACCCGCUUCGCCUGAAAAACACGACCGGGUCGACGGUGAUAGCGCCUUCCGCAUCACGCUCCUCGUCCGUGUCGUCGGCAAAAAGAGUGCAGCAUCAAAACGAGCAAAUUGGCGGAUCCUCCUCGAGCCGGGCGCGCAGUCCGAGUCUGGUAGUGAUGCAGAGGCAGAAACAGCUGAAAGAGCGCAUCGCCGUACUGGAGUCGGAAAAUAACGACCUGAAAGCCAGACUGCAGAAGCGGGGUGCGAACCGCGUUGACGCAUCGCCUUCCGAAGUGCGCACGUUGCGCAAGCGGCUUGCUGAACGGGAGACCGAGCUAGCCCACAUGCAGCACGAAAUGCGAACGUCUUCCAAGCGGCGCGGCAGUUCGCAGUCGUCUCGUCCGGGCGAUGCAAGCAUGAGGAGCAUGAACUCCUCAUUCCAACGGCAGGGCAGCAGCGAGGCGCUCGUCGUUCCCGGACAAAAGUCGUUCUUCUCGUCCGGCGCAGCACCACCAUCCGAGAACCAUUCGCGAAUCGAGGAGGCAGUGGCGGAAAGCAAGCACCUGCGGACUGUUGCGGACCAAGCCCAGCAGCGACAAACGACACUGGAGACGACCUUAAGCAGCGUCACCGCGCAGCUCCGUGAGUCGGAGCGGCGUCUCGCCGAGGAGGCCGAGGCCAGCAGGAAACUUGACACGGAGAACUUUGAGUAUCGGAAACGCAUUCGGGAUUUGGAAACGGAAAACCGUAUCACAAAGGAAGGCCGAGCCGAUCUCGAGGGCAAACUGUUCGACCUCAGCAAGGAGCUAGCGGAUGCGGCGGAAAAGCAUGCAGCGGAGCUUCGCAGAAUGGAGCGACAAAUCGGAGACGAGGCGAGUCGCGAAGUCCGAGAUUUACAGAAGAGCGAGGCGCAGUUACACAAGGAGCUGGAGGAAGUGAAGGUAGUUAUUUUUGCUUCGGCUGUGCCUCAUUUUCUUUUUCUUUUUUUCUCACUGCAGCGUACGGAUUCUUACGCAGUUCUUCUUAGGGGUUGUAUUGUCACUCGACGUGUCAGCCUUGCAAUCAUUUUCAGUCGACGUAGUUUGGCUCUGGCUGGUGCUGGAAUCUAACAUUCGCGACUUGGCUGCAACUACAUAAGCACACGUUUACGAUGAUACAAUGGGAACAUCAGUUUCUUUCUACAUGUACUAUCAACAGCCCGAGGUCGAGCGCUUGCGCAGCGACCUGCGUUCUUCCCGCGAGCGGAUAGCCCAGUUGGAGGACCAGUAUGAUUCCGAGGCGAGCCGCUGUACGCUCCUGGAGCAGACCAUCGAGAUUCUGAAGAAGGAAAAGAGCCUUUUGCAAGACGAGCUGCGCGAUCUGGAAAGGCAAUUUGGCGAGACAGGAUCGCUUAAAAAUGGCGACCACAGUAAAAAUGCUGGAAACCCUCGGAGUAGCACCACUUCCCGUCUGUCACUGAAGAACCACGACGAGUUUGCCACCGCGGUAGGGGCUGCAGGCCGGGGCACACGAGGAGCCGGCACCGAGCGCGUGAAUGAUGAUCCCGACGAGAGCUACAUUUCGCAUUACAGCAAUCGCAGCAGCAAAAAGACCGCUGGAGUAAAUGCGGAUCUUGCCGGAGCGGACGGCCGCGCCCAUGGUUCGACUUUUUCCCGCAGACCGAAUGCUCCGAACUUCGUGGCUUCCGGUGCGGCAGUUGCGACUCCAGCGGCCGGGACCCCGUAUGGUUCCUCCUCGUCCCGAGGAGGGCAACAUCACUACGCGCCCGACCACCGUUCCACGCCUGGAUCGGUUCUGUUCGGGCGCCGGCGUGAGGUUCCAGCUCGCGAGGACGACGACGACGAUGUAGACCAUUAUCGCGAAAAUGUGCUUUCCAGAAGCGAUUACAAGGCCGCGAGAAAUACUAGCGACUUUCACCCUCGUAUGGGGGACCGCCAGGAGCACAGAACGCCGACUGCCACACGAAACAGGUACAAUGAUCCGCAGUCCCGGCCACACCUCUCGUCCACUGGACGAGCUACCACGAGAUCCACCGGCGGGGCCGCGAGCAGUGGUCACUACAACAAUUACGGCAAUGCGACCGCACCGCGGCGCAAAAGCCCCGGCAUUUUGUCGAGCUCGGAGGAUGAUGUUGACAGUGUGUUCCUGUCCCGCAGGGCGACCGCCGUUAGAAAGCCAGUCAUGUCCCGACAGGCGUCCACCGCCCGGCGGCGGCCGCCAGCACGGUCGGAGUCGAGCUCCGAAGGCUCUCUUGAGCGCAUCGUCCGGGAGUCUGACCCGCUGUUUCGAGGAUCCAAGAAGAGGUGACGCGAUGUUCUUUUCCUUGAAGAAGCAGCAUCCUACGUGCCUGAUGCCGACCUGGAUGUGGAUAUCUCCUGCUGGAACCUGUUCUUCAUCAAGUAUGUGUAGCAUAGGCGGCAAGUACAAGAAGAAGUGACGACUGUGUUGCACUACAUCAUGUACUAGGUGUACCGACAUUAUCGCUUACUUUCGCUAUAAUUUGUAGCUGUGUGUCAUCGUCUUGCGUACUAGCAGUAGCUAGGCCACAAUUCUGUGUCUCAAAUAUCGGUGGUGUGUGACUUGGUGUUUUUCUUGAAAUCAUUCUUUAUCUUUUAUUGACGCGAACCAACUAAAUCAAUGCAUAGAAGGGUGGUAUGUGAAAGUGCAGUGGUAGACCUGGACCACACACACAUUUACCAAAUAAACUAAA